AAGGAGCUAAUCUCGCCAGGUCGCCAGCUAAAUUAAAUUUACUUAAACGUACACAUUUCGGUGAUAGGUACAUUUACAGCAUAUCUCAAAUGUUUUCCCCAAGGCUUACAAGAUGCAAAAUCUAGUGUAAAGGAAAACAGAGGUUAUAUAUAUAUAUAUAUAAAUAUAGCUAGCUAAUACAGGAAGUGUCUAGCUUCACGAAGUUGUAAUGCUGAAAGAUUCGGCGUUAUAAAGGGGAUUGUAAUCAAUCGGUAGCUUGUUAGCCAGCUGGCGACGUAGAGAGACACGUUUGAAAUGAGUAUGUGUCGCACUCGCUAGCAUUUACGUGCAUAUCUGUGACUUCAAGCGGCGUCUUUUAGGCCAUCUUAUGUUGAUGAAACACGCAUAUAAUCCAACGAUGGCAGGAAAUAUCAAGGAUAAAGAAGCAUUUCAGAGACUCAACUUUCUUUAUCAGGCUGCACACUGUGUAUUGGCCCAGAAUCCAGAGAAUGUGGAGUUGGCCCGCUUCUACAGUUACACGCAGAGGACCAUAUCCAAACGUCUUGUUCUGAGACAGGACCCUUCUGUGAAAAGAACAAUGUGUAAGAAAUGCUACUCACUAUUGGUGCCUGGAGUCACUGCAACAGUAAGACAGAGAAAAAGCCGAAAGAGGGAGUGCAGAACCCUGGUGCGGUGCCUCAGCUGCGGGCAGACAAGGCGGUUCCUCAAUGACCCGGAGCACCGUCUGUGGGUGGACCAGCCCGAGGCCCAGCUGGAGAACCAGACACAGACCGGGGCCUUCAUCCAAAGAGACGGAGAAGGGGAAAACUGCAAGUGGGCCCGCCACCUCACAGAGAGCCAGCUCAGUCUCAGAGCCCAAGACGUGAUCACUGUGGCCUCCACGGCUUCUUCCUCACCUCAGAGACAUUGGGCCUUGUUCACUAAAUGUCUCAUACCAUUAAGUGCACCUUUUCAUAUGACAGCUGGAAGAAAAAAAAAUCUAAAGUUUGAUUUGUCAGAUAGUGAUGCUUAAACAGGUUUAUGAAUAAUACACAGAUAUUUUUAGAUUUUCAGAUGCAUGCCUGCUUUUAGUUUGCAUCAUGUUUUUUGAACCAUUGAAUGAAUGAACCAUUGUGCACCUUAUGAGGUCCAAUGACAUUUAUAUUUAAAUGGUGUCUGUUGUAACACAAUAUGACACUGUGUCCAGAAAAUCUACUGUCUGCAUUCUGUGUAACAGUAUGUUUGGGUGAAAAUGUCAACUGUUUAUUUGCCAUCUUUAGAGCAUAGAAGAUGACAUGGGAAUGGAGCAGAGGAAUUUAAUGGGGGGUGACAGUUACUGUAAUUGAGAAUAAAUGUUUUGAUUAUAUUUGCAUUUUGGCAGUGCUUCAAAUUAACAUAGGCCUUUUAGCCCCUAUCAUUCAAAAUUCAAAGUGAUAUUGAUGUCCACUAACCAUGCCCUUUUUUUUUGUUUUUUUUUUUACAUUUUUAGUUGA